AUGCCGAAGGUGACCAAGGCUGGCGCCAUGCUCGUGAAGCUGGUGUCCACGGCCAAGACGGGGUUCUUCUACGUGAAGCGACGGAACCCCAAGAAGCUGCUGAACAAGCUGGAGUUUAGGAAGUACGAUCCGAGGGUGAAGAAGCACGUGCUCUUCGUCGAGCAGAAGCUCAAAUACGGAACGUGGGCGAUGGGCGGGUUACUUCCGACCGUGCCAUUCACUUAG